GUGAAAGAGCAAGACUCCUUCUCAAAAUAUAAUAAUAAAAUCAAUCAAUCAAUCAAUCAAUCAUGUUCCAACUACAAUGUUCAAUCUCCUUUUCAAUGACAAUGCUAACAAGAUUUGGGGUCCAAGUGUUUUAGGUGAUGGUCACAGAGUUAUCUAGUAUUCAUUUAUAAUAUGCAAAUAAGAAUCAUCUUAAGAAACUAUCGCGCGCGCCGUGCGGUCUCCACGGCUACGCGGCAUGCCCAGCGCGGAUCCCCGAGCCCCGCGCAAGCAGCUAGCCGGGCUGAUUCUCGGUGUCUGCCCUUCGGAUGGUCGGCUGGAGAGGGCCGCCAGCGGGAAUUCUGUAGACAAGAGAGAUACUGUAAAGACAACAAAGAACAAACAGAAUGGCAGAUUGCUAAUGUUUAAUCCAAAGGAAAAAGUGAUGAUUGAAUCAAAUGAAGCAAUGUCAGAUAAAUGCCUUUUUGGACGCAGACCAAGAUUGGGAACCAAACUUAAUGCCUCACCAACGCAGGUCUCUCCAGAUAUAGCUAAGACGUUCACAGAAAAGAAGGAAGUCCCUUCUAAUAAUAUUGAAAAUAAAGUCUCUUUAAAGAAUACUGAAAAUAGAGUAUCUUCAAGGAGUAUUGAAAGUAAAGAUGUCUUAACAAAUCUACAGUCUGACCUACAGUCAUCUUCCUGCUUAAAAGAAAGCACAGGUGAAGUGGGCAAAGAUGCAGUCAUUGUAAAGCAGGAGAAAAAUAAUGAAUAUUCCCUUCAGGAUAUUGAUGAUAAGUUGUCAGAAUCAGCAGAGGAUGAUGGUGAAGACGAUACCAGUGAUGAAGAUAAUGAUGAAGACAGUAACCCUAAAAAGAAUACUCAGGCCCCACUAGAGUUAAUGGCAGAAGUAAGUUUUAUUUGUGCAUAUAAUUUAAGAAACUUAAAAAUACUGAAAUAAUUAAAGAUCAAAGAUUUAAAAUCACUACUGUGAGAGCUAAAAAAGUGGCUCUCCUGGAGGCAGAACACAGGAUGGUGGUUACCAGAGGGUGGACAGGAAGAAGCUGGAGAUAGAAGUCAGCUAAGGGGUACAAAAGUACAGUUAGAUGGAAGGAAUAAAUUAUAGUAUUCAGUAGUAUAGUAGGGAAAUUAUAGUUAACAGUAGUUUAUUGUAUGCUUUAGAAUAACCAGAAGAGAAAAUUUGUAAUAUUUCCAACACAAAGAACAGAUAAAUGUUUGAGAUAAUGGAUAAUCCAAUUACCUUGAUUUGAUAAUUACCCAUUGUAUGCAGGUAUCAAACAUGUACCCCCAAAAUGUAUACAAUAGUAUAUAUCAAUAAAAAAAUAAACAUUUUUUAAAAUUAAUAAAAAGAUCCUUGUCCACACACACACACAAAAAAAGAAACUAUCACGGAGAUUAAUAACUACGAAUCUUUAAAAGUCUGAUAUCAAGGUGAAUAAAAAUAACUAAAAACUUACAAUGAUCCUACACUGAAAAGUGCUUCUUAGCACAUGGUAACAAUAAGCAGCCUCUCAAAGAUACUCAAGCCUCUGUAGGCUGCCAGGGUCACACCUGAGAGCCUCGAUGAGCUCUGCAGAAAAGAUGCACACCUUCCACUACACAGAGGUCAAUUUAACAGCAACAAAGAAACCCACAGUUGUAUGAAAUGAAACUGAAUCUGCAUUUAAAAAAAAACAGAAAGAGGAAAGCAAAUUAAAAAUUCAGUGAAAGGGGAAACAAUUAUAAGUAAAAGAAAUUUUAAAUCAGUAAAUAAGCAAUCGUUCCUCUCAGAUUUAAACACAGAAACUCCAAAUGGAUCAACAGCUACUAAAGGAACUGAAAUAGCAGUUAUCUUAAUUUCAAAGAAAAAGUUUCAACCUAGAUGGUUUUAAUGGAUGGGUUCUAACAGAAUUUCAAAGAAGAAAUAAUUUUUAUCUCAGUAAAUUUUUUUUUCUUUUUUCUUU